UAUACUCCGCCGCUACCGCUGGUGAGACCAGGAGGAUGUUGGUAAAUAAAGAGGGCGGAACGUGCUCCCACUCUGUCCCGCUGAGCCGCUCGCGAGAGGCUGCCCUCACUACUGCCUGUAUUCCCAGCAUUUCGCCAGUUCAACGUUUAUGUUAUAGACAGCUUAUUUUAUCAUACAGUACAUACGCUGCUGCCUGUGGAUAACAUGUAAACGUGUUAAUGUGCCCUGUGCAUCAGCGCGUACUCUGACGUGACGUGAGUGCAUUGUACGUGUGUAUCCCGGCAGUGCGCUGGCAGUCGGAAGGAAGACCCAGGAAGACAGCGGGCAGGCGGAGGACCCCGUUGCCGUGCGGCGGUUGUUGUAGCCUCGUCUGACGGUCCGUUGCCUGGAAGUGCCCGGGAUCCGGAGCCCCGGUGCUGCUACGCGGUGAGCGGCUGUGGCCGCACUCAGCGGGCGGAGUUGCCAGCGCCCCCGGGUGUGCGGCAGAAUACCGUGUAUAGAGCAGCAUGACCUCCGUCGGUGUGAUGUCGCCGGCAGCAGCUACGGACUACUACGAGGAAGAAGAGCUGGAAAGUGUAGACGAGGAAGAUGACCGCAGCUUCCGCGGCCGGGAGUCCGACGAGGACACUGAAGAUGCCAGUGAAACUGACCUGGCCAAGCAUGACAGUGUGGACUAUGUGGAAAUGAAAGAACAGAUGUAUCAAGACAAACUGGCCUCUCUCAAGAGGCAGCUGCAGCAACUCCAAGAAGGAAAUGUGCUGGUUCCAAUUUUUGGUACCCUCCAGGAGUAUCAGAAACGCAUGAAAAAAUUAGACCAGCAAUACAAAGAGAGAUUGAGAAAUGCUGAGCUCUUCUUACAGCUGGAGACCGAGCAGGUGGAAAGGAACUACAUCAAGGAGAAGAAAGCAGCUGUCAAAGAAUUUGAAGAUAAGAAGAUUGAGCUGAAGGAGAAUCUGAUUGCAGAGUUGGAGGAGAAGAAAAAAAUGAUUGAAAAUGAGAAAUUAACAAUGGAGCUGACAGGAGAUUCCAUGGAAGUGAAACCGAUCAUGACUCGUAAAUUGAGGCGUCGGCCCAACGAUCCCGUGCCGAUUCCUGACAAACGGAGGAAACCAGCUCCUGCCCAGCUUAAUUAUCUACUAACAGAUGAGCAAAUAAUGGAAGACUUAAGGACACUAAACAAGCUGUUUCCUGCUCUUAACCAUUCGUCCAUCAGAAACUGCCCAUCAGUAUCACAUCUAGAGUUAAAAUCUCCUAAAAGACCUGUAUCGCCAUCAACUCCAGAACAUCUUCCAACAACACAAGCCGAAUCUCCUGCCCAGCGUUUUGAAGCUCGGAUAGAGGAUGGAAAGCUCUAUUAUGAUAAAAGAUGGUACCACAAGAGUCAAGCGAUAUACCUAGAGUCCAAGGACAACACAAAAAUCAGUUGUGUGAUCAGUUCUGUGGGUACUAAUGAGAUUUGGGUGAGGAAGAGCAGUGACAGUACAAAGAUGAGGAUCUACUUAGGCCAACUACAGAGGGGCUUGUUUGUUAUCCGCAGACGUUCAGCUGCUUGAAACCUGCCAGUCUUCUGAACUGACAUUGCUCAUGUGACAGUAUAAUGCCCCCCACCUCAAUGAGAAUGUUGGCAUCACUGACCACCAUGGACAGAAACCCAGAAUAUGAUCAGUGAACAUUAAUUUAUACACAGAUGUUUUCAGCCUCUGAUGACUUUUUUUCAAAUAUGGAACCCAUGACUUAUGGGGUAGUGUUUUGCAAGAUGAGCUCUUCAGACUGCCCGACCUGGGAAUUCUUCAAAUAUUCACCAUGUCUCUAUGUUAAUCUGCAACUGAUUAACUGCAACUAGAAUCAUUUCACACAAUGCUCAUUCUGCUACAUAAGUGGUCUAUUUUUUAACUGAAUUCAUUGCAUAGGUUAAAGUGACAGUAACAUUAUACAGACUUCAUUAAUAGGUGUAAAAAAAUGAAAAAAACAAAUCGCACUGUCACUUACCACUUGCCUGUAUGAUACUGUGAGGUCUCUGGUGGCCUAAUCAAGACAGCCACUGCUUGAACUAUGUGACAUUGUGGGAUUUGCCAAAUCUGAGGAGUAGGAGAGUGUGGAUAAGGGGCCAUUUGUUUUACGUAGUUUUGUAUGAAAGCAGGUGAGAUAUGGAAUAUUAUUCUUGCAGUUUGCAUUUAGCAGAGGUUUGUUUUUGUUUUGUUUUUUAAUCCAAUGUUUUUGUAACUUUUAUGAGGACAGUGUUUUCAGUUUUUUUCCUAUAAGCUGUACCAGACGUAUGUUUGUUUUUUAAUGUAUCAUAAAACUGUAUGAUCUUGGAUAACACAGGUUAUCACCACCAGUGCUUUCUGCUGUUCUGCAACUGGCAUUUUGUAAAAAAAAAAAAAAGUUAAACAGUGGAACUAAUGUUUUCAUUCCACAACAAUUUGUGCAAGACGCCAUUCUCAGGUAUUUAAUAUAAAUUGUGGUUCUUACUUUUUAUUGUCGUGCUGCCAUUAGCAGGCAAUUGACAAUGGGAUAACACCUAAUUUUUCCAAUAUGUUUUUAAAAGUUUGCGGUACUAUCGUGCUAAAGACCUCGACCAUUUGGAGAAUAAUCAAACUCUGUCUUAGGCAGUGGUUCUCAAACAUGGUCCUCAUGGAACCCCUAUGGUCCAGGUUUUACGUUUAUCCAUGCAUGGCCACAGGUGACUUAAUUAGCACGUUAGUGAUUUUGAUUUAACCAUCUUUGCUGAGCCAUGGAUAAACCUAAAACCUGGACUGUUGGGGUGCCUUGAGAACAUCUGGUCUAAGAUAUGGGCAAUUGUAAUCAUUAUAUUAAAGUAGAGUGUCUCAUAGGCUCAAAUUAAAAUCCUUGUAUAUUAGGAUCAUGAAGGAAAUGUCACACAAGCUCUUUAAUUGCUCAUGCAUGUUUUUGGAACACUUGAUAAAAAUGGUUACAUAAUAUUUGAGUAAA